GUGUUGACUGGGGCUGACUCGUGUCCCGUGUUAUUACACAGCAGUAUUUGGGGUGGCGCGCCUGUCGCCCGACUGUUCGCCGGUCGGAGGCUUCUGCUCAGAGAUGGCAAGAGACCCGUAGCGGACUGUGGGGCCUGUCUGGUUGGGUAUUUUACCGACAACCGUCGCGUUAGAGAGCCGCGGAGACACGCACAGUGGGCAGGACGCGGGGCCACGGAGGAACCAUGGGACACGGAGUAGGCUGAAACAGAGGGUCUAGCAGCACACACCAGUUUGUAAACAGGAAGCAGAUUGUCUAUUUGCAGUUGGUUGCUUAGUUGAAAAUGCUACUAACAAGGAACGCAAAUGGCGAAAAGUAGGGGUUUCUUUCCUUGGACUAAGAGGUGGAACUGUUUCUGACAGUUUCCCACUGUGGUGUAUGACAUGGCCACAGCCUCAUCCAGAGCAGAGUCUAGCCAUAACCACAGAGGAACGUCACAACUUCAUGCCAUUGUUUCCUGUGCCAAGAUCAAGAGGAAGAAGAGCCUGUUUGGGACUUCCAUUUAUGUGGAGGUGACAGCGGAGGGGGAGUCGCGCCGUACAGUGAAGUCCCACAGCUCCUCCAGUCCUAAAUGGGAUGAGAGGCUCACUCUGAGUGUAACACCACACACACAGGUGGAUUUCAAAGUAUGGAGUCACAACACCCUGAAAGCAGACGCUCUGCUGGGCAAAGCCACACUGGACCUAAUGAAAGCACUGGAGCAGCAUGACAGAAAAUUGGAGAAUGUGAAGGAGGUGCUGAAGCUGAGUGUGGAGCAGAAGGGAGCCAUUGUGGCUGCCGGGGAGCUGACUGUCUACCUAGAUGGACUGACCGUUACCGACCAGGAGGAACCAGCACAGCUUACCAACGGCAAUGCUGCAAAUGGCACCAAAGUCCAGCAGAAUGGUGAUGCCAUCCAUGAAAAUGGAGACUCAUCGUCCACUUCCUCAAGGGCUGCUAACAGCACAGUGAAUGGUACUGACUUGGACCCACGGUCAGAUUCUUGUUCGGCCUCCAACGGUGUGGAUGCUCAGGUGCCUUCCACCUCCUGUAGCCCUGCCCUUAGUCACAUUGUCAAUGGAGACACCACACCCAACUCCACCCCAGUCCACCAGCCCUCAGACAGUGACACAGAAAGUAGGACCGUCAAUGGGGAGUCCUGUGACGUGGCUCUCGGGCCAUCAUCUGCUACAACAGGUGAUGUGCUGUCUCAUGCAGACGACCACGAGGACUGCAGUCAAGAUGCUGUCCCGCCGGACUCUGUCACAGCACCAAACAGCACCUCUCAGCCCCCCUCCACACAGGCUCCAGCCCCCUCUUCUGCUGCUAAACCUCCUGAUAGCGAUGCUGUUGCUGCUUCCUCCACAGUAACCCCUUCAGCCACGGGGGCCACCACCGCUACCACCACCACAGCCACCUCAUCAUCUUCCUCUCCCUCCCCAGCACUGGGAGAAGCAAAUGCUUCAGGAGCUGGUGGUGGUAGCACUAGUAGCAGUGCCACUGUAACUACAGAUGGGGCCAAGCCCAGACAACAGGCCCCCAAUGCUGGAGCUCCAGAUCCUCUACCACCAGGAUGGGAGCAGAGGAAAGACCCGCACGGUAGAACGUACUACGUAGACCACAACACCAGGACGACUACUUGGGAGAGACCACAGCCACUUCCACCAGGCGGGACACAGACACACACCUACACACAACGGGACAGUCAGAGUGGUGUGUGUGUUUGGGAGCGACGAGUGGAUGACCGGGGCCGAAUCUAUUAUGUGGACCACAACACCCGCACCACCACGUGGCAGCGUCCCACCAUGGAGUCAGUCCGCAACUUUGAGCAGUGGCAGAGCCAACGCAGCCAACUGCAGGGAGCUAUGCACCAGUUCAACCAGAGAUACCUCUACUCUGCAUCCAUGAUGUCUGCUGAGAAUGAUCCUCUUGGCCCGCUCCCUCCUGGUUGGGAGAGACGCGUGGACUCUAAUGACCGAGUGUACUUUGUGAACCAUAACACCAAGACAACGCAGUGGGAAGACCCCCGAACCCAAGGGCUACAGAACGAGGACCCUUUGCCUGAAGGUUGGGAGAUCCGAUACACAAGGGAAGGGGUGCGCUACUUUGUGGAUCACAACACCCGAACCACCACUUUCAGCGACCCACGCACUGGAAAGUCCUCCGUCACGAAAGGCCCUCAGAUCGCUUAUGAGCGCAGCUUCCGAUGGAAGCUUGCCCAUUUUCGCUACUUGUGCCAGUCCAAUGCUCUCCCAAGCCAUGUGAAGAUCACUGUCUCCAGACAGACGUUGUUCGAAGACUCUUUCCAGCAGAUUAUGGCGCUCAAGCCUUACGACUUGAGGAGGAGACUGUACGUCAUCUUCAGAGGCGAGGAGGGUCUCGACUAUGGUGGCUUAGCCCGAGAGUGGUUCUUCUUGUUGUCCCAUGAAGUGCUGAACCCCAUGUACUGUCUGUUUGAGUACGCCGGUAAGAGCAACUACUGUCUGCAGAUAAACCCGGCCUCGGCUAUCAACCCGGACCACCUCUCCUACUUCUGCUUCAUAGGCCGCUUCAUCGCAAUGGCACUUUUUCACGGCAAGUUCAUCGACACAGGCUUCUCUCUGCCUUUCUACAAACGCAUGCUGAACAAGAAGCUCAUCCUCAAAGAUCUCGAGUCCAUUGACCCAGAGUUCUACAACUCACUCAUAUGGAUCAGGGACAACAACAUUGAAGAGUGUGGUCUGGAGAUGUACUUCUCAGUGGACAUGGAGAUCUUGGGAAAGAUCACCUCGCAUGACCUCAAACCUGACGGCACCAACGUCCUCGUCACUGAGGAAAACAAGGAGGAGUAUAUCAGUCUGAUGGCAGAGUGGAGGUUCUCCCGUGGGGUCGAAGGUCAGACCAAAGCUUUCCUGGAUGGCUUCAAUGAGGUGGUUCCACUGCAGUGGCUCCAGUACUUUGAUGAAAAGGAGUUGGAGGUGAUGCUGUGUGGCAUGCAGGAGGUGGACCUUCAAGACUGGCAGAGGAACACAGUGUAUCGUCACUACACCAGGAAUAGCAAACAGAUCAUCUGGUUCUGGCAGCUGGUGAAAGAAGUGGACAACGAAGUGCGACUGCGGCUCAUGCAGUUUGUCACUGGAACCUGCAGGCUUCCUCUGGGCGGCUUCGCUGAACUCAUGGGAAGCAACGGGCCCCAGAAGUUCUGCAUUGAGAAGGUGGGGAAGGACACGUGGCUUCCUCGGAGCCACACGUGUUUUAACCGUCUGGACUUGCCUCCCUACAAAAGCUUUGAACAGCUGAAAGAGAAGCUGCUCUUUGCCAUCGAGGAGACGGAAGGAUUUGGCCAAGAAUAGAGGGCGGAGUCCUCGUCUAUUUCUCUCCUUCCCCCUUUGCUGUUUAAUCAUUCAAGUAAAACAAACUAAAAAACAUAAUUGCACAAGAAACCCACCAAUGUAUAUAAGCUAUUUUCUCAUUUUAAACCAAAUUUUAAUUUGCAGCAUUGAUUUGCUGCGGUCCCUCAUAUAUUAUAUGAUACCCAAUCGUGAAAUAUGCAAGAAUUUAAGCAUUUUUUUUGCGCAUCUGAUUGAAAACAGAAGUCCUGGAUUUUUUUUUUUAUUUCCUCCCCACUGCUGACUGGCUUUUUAAAACGGACUGAAAGCGUUUUUGAGAGGAUUUUAUUGUAGAAGCACAUUCUACUUUUAAAGCUCUAGUUCUAUAGAGCUUAUAAAAAUGUAAGAGUAGUAUUGGGGUCUGGUGCCUGAAUUUCUUUCUUUCCCUGUUGGACCCAUAGUAAUUGUUAGUUGUUGUUUUGUUUUUUUUGCGUGAUUGCAUGGCUGCCUGGGACAAUGACCAUCACCACCACCACCACCACAGAUACAGACAUGUAGUAUGGAUCGCUCUGUCUCUGAAUGAGCUUUUUUUACCUUCUUCAGCUGAAGGUGUUCAGGAUGGACUGAAGCAGAGGCAGAGGAGACUAAUCCUCAGUGGUUGUGAAAACUAUUGUCCUGUUUGGGAUCAAAACAUGAGUCGGGGAAAAAAGACUGCAGUGUAAAGCUCCUGCACAAAAGCUACUCUAUCAAAAAUGAAUAGGAAAAGGAAAAUAUUCUAAAUUAAAAUAUGAAAGUGUGUGUUUCUGCUUGUGUGCGUGUGGUGUCAGUGGAGCCUGUGGUUCGGAUGUUUAAGCUAGAGACACUGGACUUGUUCCAGGCCACCUAGACAGCAGCCUGCCGCUUCAGCUUUGCAAACAAUGCACACAAUGAUAACAAGAACCGCAGCUUUUUAUUUAAACAACGAGCCGUUUGGAAAAUCAUCACAACAAAGAAAAAAAAGACUAAAAACAGUUGUUGAACACUUGGCAGAUUCUCUUUUGUUACCUCUUGGAGUCUGGAAGUGUCUCCAGUCUGUGAAGCCGCUGUGGUUUACAGAGCACCAGACAUAGAAAUCACAUUGACUUCAUGGUCUCCGCUGGAGGUAUCACGCUAGAUGAUGAAUUUAACCAUUAUUUUGUGAUUUAAGUCCAAAAAAGACCAUCUAUACAUUCACUAGAAUAUUUUCCUUUCUCUACAUCUACAUGUGUACUGAAAGGAGCUGUAGUCAGCUUCUUAGAUGUGAACUACCGGCAUGAUUACAAAAAAUAAGUCCUUAUCAAGUCAGCCGAUGUCCCCGAAUGUCACUCUUUGUUUAAUUAACCAUUAAAGCGACACUAACGUGCCACAGACCAGAUAGUGAGUGCGUGCGUGCGUGUGAGUGGAAUCAUUUCACAGUGGAAGCCUGAGGUCUGUCUGAAGCCUGAUGAUGCACUGCAUCAAUGUGCGUUGUGUGUUUUGUUCUUGCUCCGCCUUUAUACGGUGGCUGAGACGUCUCACACAAGGGAUCCGAAUGCAAACGCCACAACACAACUGCAAAAGUGACAGCACAACAGAAACACAACUACAACGGAAGUGAUUCAUUCAGCCCGUUUCCUUGUCAACAUCCAUUGUCACUCACUUCUGAUGUGAUUGUGUUUUCGUUGUGUAGCUUUCGUGGUUGUGUUGUGGGGUUUGUUUGCCUGUUUUCCUUUAAUGUGCUUGUGUGAGACGUCUCGGCCACCAUACCUUUUCUCUGCCUGAUCCUCUCUUCCACUAAUGCUUCAGGGGACGUGUUAUUUGUUUUUCAAAAUGUCAAGUCUGACUCCAUUGUUUCUAAGUGAGAACUCUGGUGCUUAUUCUUUCUGUCAGUGGUCUAAAACAAAACAAACAAACUGAUUUGUCAGUCAGUGGCAGGCCAUUCUCCUUGUUUUCUACAGCAUCGUGUUUCUCCGGAUCACUGCAAACAGCAGCAAGCUGCUUUAGACCUUUUCUAGAAGGGGGCUUGUGAUUAAAGUCAAGUUAUCAGUCUUGUAUAUAACGUGAUGAUGAGCUGUCCCUGAGGAAGAGCAGCGAGGAGGAGGAGGGGACGCCUGUGUCAAGACAAACAUUUACUGUAGCAAAAGGAGCCGACUUUUAAAGAGAAUUCAAGCCGCAUAACUUUGUGCUUCCUUUUGAACAGAAACCUGUAAUCAAAGAAAAUCAACUGUAUGUGAAUAUUCAUUGUAUAAAGAUAAUGAAAGUAAAUAAAGUACUUAAAUAUUAUAAUUAAUUACACAGAGCCACCACUCCAUUGAUGGAAAUCUGUGAUGCCUUUGAUCUUAUCAGAAAUAGAUGGGACGUUUCAGGUCGCCUGAUCACAGCCAGGAAGUAGACGUCACAUGACCUGGCGCGGUGCAGCUGUUUCAGGACGACUGUUUUAUCGGCCGAGUGUGGGACAGCGCAGCAGGUCACUGAAACUCUGCCGACUGCGCUUCAGGCCGCCUGAAACUCAUCCAGACUGUAACAUAUCGCGUGUAGAUACACACUGUAAACACCACCUACACUGUACAGAAUGCCCCUUUACUGGAGACGAUGUGUAUAGAAGAUUCAUUUUUAAUCUGCUUUCACCCAUUUUAAAUGAAGAGAGAUGGAUUUAUGAGAUACAAAUAAAUAAGUGAAUAAACUCCCCUCGGUGA